AUGUCCUGGCUUUUUGGCUACGGAAAGCCAGUUACAUCGGACAUUCCUCCUGCUUUGUCCGGAGGUCCACCACCACCACCACCAUCUCCUCCAAACAAGGGUCAGGAUGUUUCUGAAGAUACCACUUCGAGAUAUCGCUUUGAUUCUGCAGCUUUAGAACGGGCUGCGAAGGCUGCCAAAGAGCUGGAAGCAUCAAAACACGCGAAGGAAGCCUUUGAUCUGUCCCAGAAGCAUGAGGACACUUUACAGAUGGAAUAUCAGGCCAAACUUAAGGAAUAUGAGUUGGCGAUGGAACAGAUGAAAUUACAACAGUAUAGGGUGCAACAAGAGGAACGGCGCAAAACAAUGGAAGAUGAAGCCAGGAUCCAGAAACAACGUGCAGAUUAUCAAGAUAUGUUAGCUCGAAAACGUCAAGAAGACCAGCUUGCUUUGCAAAAUCGAAUGCAGGAUGAAGCCCUCAAGAAACAAGAAGAGUCCGUCAAGAAACAAGAAGCAAUGAGACGAAGCACCAUCGAAUACGAGGCCGAACUGAGACAUAAGAAUGAAAUGAAGCAAAUUGAAGCCAAGCUUCGGGGGGAGGCGCAAGUUGAACGGGAAAAUAGGGAGAUCCGAUUAGAAAAGGCACGAGUUGAAGCUAGGGAACGCCGCCAGACUAUUCUGGAAUCGAUAUCAACCGCGGGAUCUGUUCUUGGAACAGGCUUUAACGCAUUCAUUUCAGAACGCGAAAAAGUCGCAACUGUUGUUGGUUCUCUUACACUCCUUGCUGGUGGGAUCUAUGGUGCAAAGUACGGGGUUGGUACCAUAGCAAGGCUUGUUGAAUCUCGAAUAGGGAAACCAUCGCUUGUUCGUGAUACAUCUCGGUUGAAUAUUGUCGAUGCGGUUCGGCAUCCCAUAUUGACAACAAAGCGGAUGUUCUCUCGCCCUUCUGAUCCUCUAACGGGUAUUAUCCUCCAGCCCGGAUUGGAGGCUAACCUACGGAAGAUUGCCAUUGCAACACGACACACAAAAGCGAACAGUGGUUUCUAUCGUAAUGUGCUUAUGGCGGGUCCCCCAGGCACCGGAAAGACUAUGUUCGCCAAGAGUCUGGCCAGGCACUCCGGUAUGGAUUACGCGAUUCUUACUGGUGGUGAUAUCGCUCCCAUGGGUAACGAGGGCGUAACUGCCAUUCACAAAGUCUUUGAUUGGGCCAGUACCAGUAAAAAGGGAGUACUGCUAUUUGUGGACGAAGCAGAUGCUUUUUUGCGUAAACGCGAACAGGAGAGAAUAAGCGAAGGACUGCGAGCAACACUGAACGCGUUUCUCUAUCGAACCGGUGAACAGUCAAAAAAAUUCAUGUUGGUUCUGGCCAGUAACCAGCCCGAACAGUUUGACUGGGCAAUCAAUGAUCGGAUGGACGAAAUUGUCCAAUUUGAUCUACCUGGCCUGGAAGAGCGGGAACGAUUGGUUAGGCAUUAUUUUGACUUAUAUCUUCUGCAACCCUCGUUGGACAAGCGACAACGAAUCCGACUGGCUGACAAUGUUGAAUACGCCACCGAAUGCGCAGAUGUUGCACGCCGAACAGAGGGCUUAUCUGGCCGUGAAAUUUCUAAAAUUGCGAUCGCCUGGCAGACGGCUGCUUACGCUAGUGAGGACGGGAUUCUCACCAAGCCGAUGAUGGACACCGUGGUUCAAAGUGCGAUCGAGGCGAACCGGAAGAAACGAGAGUGGCGCCAUCACAAGUUGCCGGCUCCGGGCGACACAACGGAUCUUGCCGGCACAUGAACUGUAUACUGUUGACUCCUCCUGCGCCAAUAUUCAUGCUUUAGUCAUGUAACCAGGGUGUUUGUCCAGUUUCGCAAACUCGGUCUACGCCCUGAUUGUCAUUCUGGACUUUUGCACCUUUUAUAAAGUCGACAGUUGUAGAAACCGUGUACACAUUGUUUUGCGCCAUGAUUAGUUAUUCUUGACCGAUCAACCAAC